CUGGAGGUUGUCCCCAGCCCAGGAAGAGAAGUCCGGAAGAGGCGUGGUCAGGUGAAGARUCUGGAUAGAGGUGGAGGAAAGAAAACACUCACAGGUAGAUAACAGGAACACUUUGUCCGAAACUAGAGACAGAAAUCCAAAGGAUUACGCUUUCAUUUCCGUGCCACCGAACCGAGCCUGGAUUUCGUCGCGUUUCCUGGACCUUGUAGGUAUCUGAUGUGGGGGAUUUGAGGAUUGUUCUUCCCGACGUCUCUGGAGGUUUCGACACCAACAUGAAUCACCUGUUUCGGGCUGUGAGUGGUUGAAGGAACACGGGCAGCAGGUUGGAGGACCGACUUUGAUUCACGGCUUGUGGACCAGGUCAUGGUGAUGGACCAGGACACUCAGUGGUUGUACCAGCUCCUGGCUGAGGUCCAGUUGGAAAAGUUCUACGUACGCAUCCGAGACGGGCUGAACAUUACCCGCAUCGAACACUUUCAUUACGUGAAGGAGUCGGACCUGGAGAACAUCGGAAUCAGCAAACCUGCACAGAGAAGAUUAUGGGAGGCACUGAAACGCUACAAAACACAGUCGCGGUCCCGCUCRACGUGGAUGAACAAGGUGUUCCGUGGUUCAGAUGGAGCGGAGCAGUGGACCGGAGGGACCCAGGUUCCGAGCUCCGAGACCACCGGUGGUCGGACUCUGCCGUCUCUGAUCCAGGACAGCGAGCUGAUUCUGGGGGAGAAGCUGGGCUCUGGGUCCUUUGGGGUGGUGAAGAGGGGGGAGUGGUAUACGCCCACAGGGAAGGUGCUUCCAGUGGCAGUAAAAUCCCUGAAGAGCAGUAUGGCGAAACAAACAGAAACACUGACAGACUUUCUCCAAGAAGUCACCACCAUGCAGUCCUUAAACCACCCUAACAUCAUCCGACUGUACGGUGUGGUGCUCACACAGCCCCUCAAGAUGGUAACAGAGCUGGCUCUGCUGGGCUCUUUAUACGACAUGCUACGAGCGCGUCAGUWCGAGUACCCGCUGCUCCGCCUCUGGCUCUUUGCGACCCAGAUCGCGGCGGGGAUGGACUACCUGGAGAGCCGUAGAUUCAUCCACCGGGACUUGGCGGCGAGGAACGUGCUGCUGUCCUCCAGGGAGAUGGUGAAGAUUGGAGACUUUGGGCUGAUGCGAGGCUUGACUCAGGAGACGGACCAUUACAUCAUGGGAGCACAUAGGAGGAUYCCAUUUGCCUGGUGUGCCCCGGAAAGCCUCCGUAUCGGCUCCUUCUCCCAUGCCUCAGACGUCUGGAUGUUUGGAGUCACCAUGUGGGAGAUGUUCACUUACUGCGAGGAACCGUGGUUCGGUCUGUCUGGUCGACAGAUUUUGUGGCGUGUGGAGCGGGAGGGAGAGCGGCUGGAGAAACCGCCGGAUUGCCCUCAAGAGCUCUACAUCAUCAUGAGGAAGUGCUGGGCUGUCACCCCUGCCGAGAGGCCCAGCUUCGCCCAGCUUUGUGUGAUGGUGGCCGAGGCUAAACCGCUGGAAGUCCAAGCCACAAGAGACUUCGCAGAGCUCAGAAAACUCCCGCUGGCGGCCAACGACGUGGUGACCGUCAUAGACCACGGUCUGGAGUUCAGCGAGUGGCGCGGUCAGAAUCAGAGGACGCUGGUCGUCGGCCUGUUUCCUGCCAGUCUCACCAUUCCCGCCGCCACCCCCAGCAGCAGCAGCAGCGCGGGGCCCAGUCCCGUUGCGAGCACURCCCACAUCUYGGCUCCGGUGAAGGGCAGCCUGCAGCACACGGGGCACGGAGACACCCACCCAGACCGCACCUGGGGAACACCUGAGAGGCUGGAUGACGGCAACUGGAGGACGGCCCAUGGCAGGGAGAGGGAGGGGAGCAAUCUGCAGAAAAUGGCAGGGAUGUCUCAGAGCCUGGAGUCGGUCUUGGGCGGAUCCCGCCCCCGAGCUCACACGGUUGGGGCUUUUAGAGUGGAUCAGCACGGCAGACUCCUGCCUCCAGUGAUGGGGAAUCACAACGUGAUGAUUCAGCAGGAUCCUCGACGCUUCAGCGAGGCCAGCAUUGCUCCGCCUCCUCGGCCCCCGCUCCCCAACAUCAAACGCCUGAACAUUAAAGCCCAAAGGAAACCUGUAGUCCUGCCGGCCUCAGGCCCCUCCUGGCCUAAUCAGAUGAUCCUAUCCCCUCCGGCACAGACGCAACCUCAGAAUCAGUUCUCGCCUCCUCAGCCUGCCUCGGGCUCCAACCUGAUGAAGAUGGCCCAGCUGGCCCGUUCCUCGCCACAGCUGGACGGGGACAUCAAAGAGAGGGAUCGAGACCGAGUGAGGGACAAAACGCACUACGCCCAAAUCACGAAGGAGAGCAUCGUUUCACAGGUGAUGGAGGCGGUGCAUGGAGUGACCACCGAGGAGGUUCAAACUGCACUUCAGCGUAACGACUGGAAUCCGGUGCGGGCCGAGCAACAACUCAAGGUGGAGCAGCUGUACUUACUGAGCCUCUGCUCCAAAGAGGACUGCUUCAAGAUCCUCUCCAGACACCAGUGGGACCUGCAGCAGGCCAGCCGCACCCUGAUCCGACUGUCUCGAGACGAGAGACCCGGCCCCAGUGACAGACCUCAGAUCAGCGCAGAGAGACGAGUCUGAGGAACACUUUAAGCUGAUUUUAUGUUGUUGUUGUUGUUUUUCCAGCUCGUGGAUGUUUGACUGCUUCUUUAUUUUUUAAGCAACGUCCCUCCUUCUGGUGACUGCGACAUGUGGAGUUUCCUUACACAAACUGUUUCAACAUCAGAGCCGCACGGUGCCAAACACAGCAAAGAAAAAUGAAGGAAUGUGAAAAAUCAAAACAUUUUUUUUAAACACAGGGUUUAACAAAGAACUGUUUUUUAAAUACUUUUACAGUUUACUCUGCAUGUUUUGUAAGGAUUUGUGUAWAAUGUAUAAGAAAUAGAUCCAUUGAAUAAACUGACAUUAAAUUUUGAAACA